AUGGCCGAUGGAAUCGAAACCCAAGGGGCAACCCCCCAAAGCGAUUCAUCUCCCCAGGAGACGGCCUUUGAAUCCCAACCAGACUCAAUGCCCUCUGUGAUUAGGGGUUGGCAUGCACGACCAGCCCCUUGGCAGGUGCAAUUUACCUCCCCAGCAAGGCCAACGCCCAGUCAAACUGUCAGCCCAACUACCGGCCAGACUACCAGUCAGACUGUUCGCAAUAUUACUAGAGCUUCGCCCCUUACAACUGAAGAUGAUCUCAACCUACUACGGAUUGCCGUUCACUAUAAAGAUCGGUUUAGUACAAUGAAGGGUAAUGCCGCUCUCUAUGAGGAUAUUGCCAAAGUAUGGAGGGCCGAUACUGGGCGGAAAGUCAAUCACCAAACGGUUCAUAAGCACAUCACUGAUAGGCUAAAAGAGCAUCGCGCUUUAAUUUCUAUACCGGAAGCUGACCGGCCUAAAAUGAGCGCUACUGAAGAUGCUAUUUUUGACCAUGCCAAUGAGAUAUACGAAGUGCUGCAAGAGAAGUUAGUGGCAGAGGCACGACGAAAAGAGCUCGUUGAUGAAUCAGUGCCACGAGGAAGGGAUAAAAGGCCUAGAGAACCGGAAAAUUCUAGGGAGGGAGAAAGUGAGCGUCCAACAGCCCGUCCACGACCACUACCUCCCUCACCAGCACCUGCCUCACCAUCAUUACACACAGAAAUGGCCUUAUUCCUUAGUAUGAUGAAUAGUCGAGCAGCCAUCGAGGCUUCGACUGGGGCUAAAAAAGAAGAUAUCACUAGGCUAGAAGCUCGAAUUGAUAGCCUGGCUGCUACCAUGGAUGACAUGAUGGCUUUGCUCAGAACCCUCACACAGAGGCCGUCAGGGCAGUGA